AUGCAGCACACACGGCUGCUCCAGUUCAUGGCCUCCCAGGGGUGCUGGGGAUGCAUCCGAAGUGGUUGUUUGAGACAGAGUUGGAAACCCUCACCAACUGGCCUCUUCACCUUCCACCUUAUCCCGCUGCCACCGGCUGCCCUGUCUCACUGCAGAUUCAGGACCAGCUUGGGCUCCGUGCGUUCUGCCUUGCCAGCCAGCCGAGGAUGUAGUUGUUGCUGCCAUCAUCCCACCACCUCAGGGACCAGAGGGCUAGGUUGGCACUGCGGCCCUCACCAGGUCCUGGGCUCGGACCCAACUCCUGGACCUUUCCAUCCUGUAUCAGGCUGUGGCUACACGAGAGGACAGCGUGAGCUCAGGAGAGAUUUAGUGACAAUGUACGCCUUUCCCUCAGAAUUCAAGGAAGAGACUGUUGCCCGCCUUCCUCCAUUGUUGCGUGAGAACCCGUGUGCCCCUUCCCACCAUAUCCACCCUCGCUCCAUCUUUGAACUCAAACACGAGGAACUAACUGUACCCUGGUCCUCUCCCCCGUCCCCAAUUCACCCUCCAUCCCUCACCUUCCUCCACUCUAAGGGAUAUCAACACUGCCCAGCACAGGGGCCCUGAAUUUAUGUGGUUUUUAUAUAUUUUUUAAUAAGAUGCACUUUAUGUCAUUUUUUAAUAAAGUCUGAAGAAUUAUUGUUUAA